GGACGCUUUAGUCUGCUGCACUAAGUCGUCACCGCGAGAGACACAUUUAAUGGACUCCUUUUACAUCCUAGGACCGAAGUAUUGAUGUCCUAAAGGAGACAUGGAACACCCGCCAUGUAUUUCCGAGGAAUUGCGGCAAUUUGUCGUGCGUGGCGCUCCACCCACAGUCUAUUACAUCCCUGCAUUCAUAUCUGACGAAGAGGAGGCCUACCUCCUGCAGCAGGUCUAUCAGUCCCCUAAACCCAAGUGGACUCAGUUGUCCGGCAGGAGGCUGCAGAACUGGGGAGGCUUGCCGCAUCCCAAAGGCAUGCUGGAGGAGAGAAUGCCCGGCUGGCUUCACACGUACUGCCAGAAAAUUUCCUCCCAUGGGGCGUUCGAUGGCAAAACGGCCAACCACGUGCUGGUGAACGAGUACAAACCGGGAGAGGGGAUUAUGCCCCACGAGGACGGACCCCUGUACCACCCGACGGUCACCACUGUCACCCUGGGCUCACACGCCCUGCUUGACUUUUACAUGCCCGUCGGCCGGUUGGAGGGCGACAAUGAUGACACGGUUGCGGCAUUGGAGGAGGACCGGCAUCUUUUCUCGUUGCUCUUGAGGCCACGCAGCUUGUUAGUGCUGCAGGACGACGCUUACAGGAACCUUCUCCACGGCAUUGGAGCACGCACGCUGGACGCUCUGACAGGCAAGGUGUUGAACUUGCACGCCGCCGAGGCCAAGCCCGGCGAAACGCUCACUCGGGGAACCAGAGUGUCGCUGACCAUUCGACACGUGCCCAAAGUCUUGAAGACCAAGCUUCUACUCUGGAGGAAAUGAGUCGGGGAAGGGGGGGGGGGGGGACUGUUGACUAGCCCAGUGUUUCUCAACCUUUACGGAUCCAAGGCACAUAUUUUACAUUUCGGAAACACAGCACACCACCAAAUAAAUACAGUGGAUUAGCUCUCACGACACAAUGUGCUGCGGUUCGUGGUAAGGGAAUCACUGGAGUAGUCCUCUUAGGUUUCGGAUCAGAUUGACCCUUAGUAAACAUUAAUAAUCAAAGAAAAUGUUUUCGAUAAAACUUCUUUUUCUACCCUUUUUUUUUCCUCAUCUUUUUAAAU